UGUAAGCAUGGCCGCCCCGUGUCUGUGAAACGUGCAAGUAGUAAGAUUACGUUAUUCAUAACAUAUUUGACAUAUUCCGAACGACAUGUAGCCUAAAUGAUAUUUUAGCCUCUAUCUAUUAUUGCUGCUUACGUUUAGGAUACACAGACCUAGACUUGCGCAUCGCUAUUUAGCUACCAUUUUGAGUAGCUGGCUAGCCAACUAUUUAGCUCAUUUGCCACCGAAGGCAAAUCUCCAGAACCUACGUACUUUUUCAAACUCCUGUUUCUAUCAAGAAAGCGUUGUUAUUGUUAUCACAAGCGUACGCCUGUGGAACAUUUGUUUCGACAUGUCGUCCAGCCAGACGUUAUUUGUACAGAAUCUGCCGGCCACUGCCUCCAACGACCGAUUGGAAGAGAUCUUCUCCGAGAUUGGACCCGUGAAACACUGUUUUGUAGUUAAUGACAAAGCAUCUGGCAAAUGUCGAGGUAUUGGCUAUGUCACCUUCCCUAUGUCAGAAGAUGCUCAGCAGGCACUGAGCCAAAUUCGAGAUUAUGAUGGACAGAAGAUUCGUGUAUCAAUUGCAAAGAAAAAGAUCAUUGACAAGAAGAAAGGAGCUUCGAAAGAAGUGCCAGUCCCCAAGAAGACAGCCAAAGGUGACCAACAAGCUGCUUUCAGAAAGAACAAGAAGAAGGCUAGACUUAUUAUCAGAAAUCUCAGUUUCAAGUGCUCUGAAGAUGAUCUGAAGCAGGUUUUUGCAAAGUAUGGAACAGUUCUGGAAGCCAGCAUCCCUCUUAAACCAGAUGGGAAGAUGCGUGGCUUUGCCUUUGUCCAGUUCAAGAACAUGGUGGAGGCGAGCAAGGCUCUGAGCGGCACUAACCUGAAGGAGAUCAAAGGGAGGCAAGUGGCUGUUGACUGGGCCAUUGCCAAAGACAAGUUUGUUGGGAAACCACCUAAAUCUGCAGAAAAAGAAGUUCAAGCAGAGACCACAAAACCGGAGGAAGCAAAAUCUGCCGUUACUGAGGAAGGUGAUGAUGAUGAUGAAGGAAACAGUGAUAACAAUUCUGGAUCUGAAGAGGAAGACGAUGAGCCUGCUAAAAAAGUCAUGCAAAAGUCAACAGCUGUGCCAGGGAAAGCCCAAAAUCACCAGUCUGAUGAUGACGAUGAUGAUGAUGAGGAGGAGGAGGAUGAUGAUGAUGGAGAUGAUGAUGGUGAUGAUGAUGAUGAUGAUGAUGCUGAUAAAGAUAUGGGUGAGGAAGAACAUGGUGACUCUGAAUCUCAAGGCUCGGAGAGUGAUGACGAUAGUGGCCAUCUAUCAGAAGAGGACGAUGAUGAUGACAGCUAUGACGAUGAUGAUGAUGAUGAUGAUGAUGGUUUGUCAAAGAAGAAGAAGAAGAAGAAGAAGAAGCCAGACCUGCCAUCUGAUGUGAACCAGGGGAAAACAGUCUUCAUCAGGAAUCUGUCCUUUGAUACGGAGGAAGAGGGCCUGGAGGAAGUGCUCUUGAAGUUUGGAGAGCUGAAUUACGUCCGUGUUGUUAUCCAUCCAGACACAGAAACCUCUAAAGGUGUUGCUUUUGCUCAGUUCAAAAGCAAGGAGGCAGCAGACAAGUGCAUUGAAGCUUCUGAGGAUGCCGCAGCGAGCGGGGGGAUCCGCGUGGACGGCAGGCGCUUGACCAUCAUGGCAGCGGUGAGCCGCGAGGACGCCGUCAAACUCAAGGACAAGAAAGUGAAGCUUCAGACAGGCGUCAGAAACCUCUACCUGGCCAGAGAAGGCUUGAUUCGUGCUGGAACAAAAGCAGCUGAAGGUGUGCCUGAAACAGACAUGGUCAAGAGGGCCAAGUUUGAGGACCUGAAGCGAGCCAAGCUGCGGGACAUCAACAUAUUUGUGUCCAAGACGCGACUGUGCGUCCACAACCUGCCCAAGUCUGUGGACCAGAAGCGGCUACGAGGUCUCUGCAUCCAGGCGGCCGGAGGCGGCAGAGCAGUCUGGAUCACUGAGUGUCGCGUGAUGUACGACAGGAAGCCAGAGCGAGGGCAGGUGAUGGGGACGUCGCUGGGCUACGGCUUUGUGGAGUUCCGGGAGCACGAGCACGCCCUUAAAGCCCUGCGUCACCUCAACAACAACCCCGACAUCUUCGGCCCCAACAAGAGGCCCAUUGUGGAGUUUUCUUUGGAGGAUCAGCGGAAGCUAAAGAUCAAGGAAAUGCGUAAACAGCAGUUCAAGCAGCAAUUCAGGAAGCCUACAGAGAACCAAGAAGACACAGCAGCCAAAGGACCAUGGAAGCAGCAGCAGCAGCAGCAGCAGCAGAAACACAAACAGCCGCAGCAGCAGCAGCAGCAGAAGCACAAACAGCCUCAGCAACAGCAAGAGCAGCAGCAGCAGCAGCAGCAGCAGCAGCAGCAGAAACACAAACAGCCGCAGCAGCAGCAGCAGCAGCAGAACCCUAAACAGCAGCAGCAGAACCAGCACCCCAAACAACCCCAGCAGCAGCAGAGGAGCCCACAGAAGAGGAAAGGCCAGGGGCAAGACGAGGCCAGCGGCAGCCAAUACUCGGGCUUCAGGACCACACCCGAGGUGGAGCAGGUGGAGCUGGCUGAUGGCAAGAAGCGGCGCAAAGUCCUCCCUCUGCCCUCCAAACGAGGCCCCAAGAUCAGGCAACGAGACAAGGGGAAACGGCCGCCAGUCCAGCCCAAGACUGCGAAGAAGGGGCCCACCAGGAAGGAACAGCUGGCUGUGCGCUCUUUGGAGAAAGUCAGCCAGCCUAAGAAACAGAGUGCCAAGUCAGGCAAAAACAGAUUCAGGAAUAAGGAGGAUGAGCGAUUCGAUAGCCUGGUGGAACAGUACAAGAGGAAAUUAAUGGGCAGCAGCAACAAAACCCAAGUCAUUAAGAAAAGCAAGUGGUUCAGCAGCUGAGUGAGUGAGUGAGUGAGUGAGUGAGUGAGUGAGUGAGUGAGUGAGUGAGUGAGUGAGUGAGUGAGUGAGUGAGUGAGUGUGUCUGUAUGUCUGUCUGUGUGUGUGUGUGUGUGUGUGUGUGUGUGUGUGUGUGUGUGUGUGAGAGGGUGAGUGAGCUUUAAGAUUCCUGUGUCACAUGUUCAUAUGCCAAGUUGUUUUUGAGGAUUAUCAGAGACUCAUCUUCCUGUAAAUUGGAAUCAUUUGCAGGAAAAAAAAAAUAAAACAAUGUUUUUUAUUAGAAACUCAUGGAGAUUCUUGUUAUGCCGAUUAUUUAAGUGUUAAUUGACAGUGCAACUCUGAAUUGCUUAGUAUUAUUGUUAUUAUUAUUAUUAUUAUUAUUAUUAAGUGACUGUGGCUUGCAUUUAUAAUUCAUGUACAUUAUUUUGGUCUGAUACUUAAAGGGAUAUUCCGCCA